AGGACAUAUAUCCAGACCCAAAACCUACUCGCUAAAAAUCCUCCCUUCAGCAGUUUGAGCUUCUGCUAUCUUGCUUUCUAGGGUUUCUUACUGUUCUGCUUGCAAUGCCGAAAAUGUUCGGGUUCUCUCGCCGGAGGAUGAAAUUGGGGAGGUUGAAGGGUCAUCUUGUAGAUCCAACUCAGGGGACAAAGAGCCCCAUGAGGCCCACAAAGCGCCUUGGCCAGUCCAAUGAUUCUUUGAAGGAAGAGAAUGUUGUAACAGCAUCAGCUAGUGGCCGUUCAGAGGAUUUCAAUUGUAACUGCUCUCCUGACGCCCCUGACAUUAACGAGUGCCUUGUUGCGAAUUUUGAUAAUUGGAUGAUGUUAUCGACCAGUGGAGCUAAGCCCACACCGAGAUUUCAUCAUGCAGCAGCUGUGGUUGGGAACAAAAUGGUGGUUGUGGGUGGUGAAUCUGGUCACGGAAUGCUGGAUGACACAAUGAUUCUUAACUUGGACAAGCUCACAUGGGCUGCCGCUGCUCCGAAGGUCUACCUGUCAGGAGCUGGACUACCUCUCAAGAUUCCUUCUUGCAGGGGUCAUUGCCUGGUUUCUUGGGGAACACACGUGUUACUAGUUGGGGGGAAAACCGACGCUUCAAAUGACAGAGUAUCAGUAUGGUCAUUUGACAUGGAGACAGAAUGCUGGUCAAAUAUAGAAGCAAAGGGUGACAUACCGGCUGCUCGCAGUGGCCAUUCAGUGAUCAGGGCAGGUCCUGUUCUGAUUCUCUUUGGAGGUGAGGAUGCUAAAGGGAGGAAAUUAAAUGACCUUCAUAUGUUUGAUUUGAAGUCUCUAAUGUGGCUUCCAUUGCGCUAUAAAGGAACGGGACCAUCGCCGCGAUCAAACCAUGUAGCUGCUCUUUAUGGCGAUAAAACUCUUCUUGUUUUCGGCGGGCAAGCAAAAUCUAAGAUUCUAAAUGACCUUUAUUCGCUUGACUUUGAAACUAUGGUAUGGACAAGAUUGAAGACAAGGGGGCAUCAUCCAUCACCUAGAGCUGGUUGUUCUGGAGCUUCCUAUGGAACUAAAUGGUAUAUUAUUGGGGGUGGAAGCAAGAAAAAACGAUAUGCAGAAACCUUGGUCUUCGACAUCUCAAAAACUGAGUGGUCCAUCUGUCCAUCAAAUAAUGCUUCAACUAUUACCAGUAAAGGAUUCAGCUUAGUUACCAUGCAUCACAAGGACAAGAUAUUUCUUGUUGCUUUUGGGGGAAACAAGAAAGAACCAUCAAAUCAGAUUGAGAUAUUAGUAAUGGUCAAGAAUGAGCAUGCGACUAGCUGGAGAUCUGCUCCUGAUGCAUAUCCAUUAGCACAUGGAGAUUACCCUAUAAGAAGCAAAGAACCUGCUUCUCAUCUUAAUGGUCCUGUGCAUUUUAUAGAUUCUAUUGCAAGGAAUGGUCUAGCGCCUGCAGCGGAGAAUCACGUCUAUGGAAGGAAAUCUCUUUUCAGAUUCAUCUGGCUGAACGCAAAGUUCUUAUCUGGUAGUUCUUCACUUUGGCAGCAAUUCCAUGAUGAGGAAAAUUGCAAUUAUGUCCUCAAGAUGCAGAAAUCUAUGGAUGGUAUCAAAUAUAAGGAAAGUGAAAAUUUACCAACACCAAGCAAUUCUUCAUCACAGGUAAUGGAGCAAAGGGGCAACAAUCAUGAAACAACAGUUCAUAUGGAUAUUACUGGAAUUUUAGCUAGUAAAGAAGAAAGUAUCCUUACGGUUGACGCAAAUUGCUCCCAUUUACAUCAGAGGCAAGGGAGUAAUAUCCCUGCAUCAGAAAUUGAUCAAAUCUCAUCUUUGGAUGCCGAAGACAGAGCUAUGACAAAUUCUUCAAAUAUCCGCCAGUUGUAUGAAGCGAAGAUAGCUGCCUUGAGAAGGAAAAAUUCUUUGCUAGAGGGACAAUUAACAGCUGCAUUAGCAAAGCAACAGACUGCUGAGAAGAAUUUGUCUUUGAUUAGUAAAAGCAAGCAGGAUAUGGAGAAAAGACUUACUGACACAAUGAAGGAAGUAGAACUUCUGAAAGAGAAGCUUACCAAUUUGGAGUUAGCGCAAGAAGAGGCCAACAAUCUGUCAAAUAUCGUUCACUCUGACAAUGUGCGCCUUGAGCAUGACGUGGCAUUUCUAAAAGCAGUUCUGGAUGACACCCAAAAGGUUAUCUUUACCUUUUCCUGAUUGUAUAUAUUUUUCUA